AUGAGACGGAAGUUUGGCCAACCAUUCCCAACGUUGUAUUUCAAAGAUGGUAUCCUUUCAAUACCUGGGUAUACAUUGGAAAAAGCUUAUCCUUGGCAAGACACUGGAAGCAUGACUCUUCUUGCCGAAGGGAAUAACCUCAAGGACGGUUCAAAUGUACUGGCCAAAAUCGCACCUGCUCAGUCCAAUGGUUCCAUGUGCUUGGAGAGGGAAGCCCAUAUCUUAGGACGGAUGUCAAGCUCUACUAAUAGUUACAGUUCGGUUUUGCGGGUGAUUGAUUUUUUUAAGAUUCCCCGAGACGAUGGCGAUUGUGUCGUCCUUCUCCUCGUCCACCCUGGUCUCAAUCUUCUGGGACAUUAUCUACCUCCCUUAAAGAUCAACGACCUUCUUUUAGCCGAUAUAUCUCGUGUGAGACCUGUUUCUACGCAUGGCGAUGUGCAUAUGAUGGGGAUCGAAGAACAUGACAUGGCGGAAGAAGUGGAGGCUCUCGACAUUAUGGAUCUUGCUUCAUUUCUAGAAGACAUUACACAAGUUGAGGCAGAACUUAACAAAUUGUUUACUGGGCUAACUCGAUUGAACAGAGCUGGCGUCAUUCACCGUGAAGUUCGUGCCAAUGCUUUCCAUCUAAAUUCUCACUCUGGGAUGGUGAGACUCGUCCAUUUUGGCAAUCGAGCGAUAUCCUUGGAAAACUUUGGCUCCCCCUCCUCCCUCGUCUUGCGCGCUCAUGAAGAAGCAGAAAAACUGAAGGUGAAGGAGGCAUUGUGCUAUCUAGCGCCUGAACAGACCGGCAGCAUCGAAACGAUGGCUCAGGAUCAUCGGACAGACCUAUACUCUCUUGGCAUUUUAUUUUGGACUCUUUUGGUGGGUAGAGGACAAAUGCCAUUUGAAGGGGGCGCGCUGGAGUUGCUGCACUCUAUUGUGCAGAAGCGCCCUAUGCCCGUCCAUGAAGUCAGACGUGACGUCCCUCAAGUUCUAGCCAAUGUGAUCGAUAAAGUUUGUCAUCUUUGGCUCACAAGAUAUCAAAAAUCUCAUGGCAGGGCACAGCUUUUAUCUAAAAGUCCAGAUUCAAGAUACCAGAGUGCCUAUGGAUUGAAGGCCGACCUUUUAGAGUGUCAGCGCCGCCUUCUAGCGACAGUUUCCUCAACAUCUGGGGAGUCUGAGCUGAUUCCGUCAUUCGAAAUUGCAUUGCAAGACAGAUUCAUGGAAUUUACCAUGCCGAUUUCUUUGUUUGGGCGUGACAAAGAGUUGGAAGUCAUUCGGAACGUUAUCCGAAAUACGUCGACAAGUUUUUCUAGACACCAUUCAGCAUCUAAGGAUCAAGUUGCAGUAACGACAGCAACCAAAAAGGAUACCCCAGAGGAUCGAUCAGAAUCUGCAUCUUCUCUCAGUGAUAUGCAAGGAGAUCACAAUCACUCGAUGGUCGUACCUUCGGGGCCCCUGGCGGCAGAUCAUGCUUCGUGGCCUUCAUCACACCGACGACUUCCAGGUACUUGGCGCAGUCGCAGCCGAGUCGCUCGUACUCAAGCAGUGUUCGUUGUUGGACCUCCAGGCGUUGGGAAGAGCUCCAUGAUUCUUGCGAAUCAAGCCAAGUGGCGAUCGCAUGGACUUUGGGGGCAGGCCAAGUUUCAGGGCGCGGAAUCUGCCCCCUUUUCGGCCCUAUUGGGAUGUUUAUCUUCCGUGCUUCGCCAACUGAUGGUCUUUCACACUGAUCUGCAUCGAUUUGUCACCGGGCUCCGUGACCGCCUUGGACCACAGCUUCAAAAUAUCCCGCUCCUCUACCAGGGGACUCCGGAGCUCAAAGACGUUUUAACUUUGUUCGACAUAAUUUUAGAUACUCCCCCUGAACCUCUCAACACACAGGACCUAAGGGCGCGGUUUCAGUCGCUCGUUGAGGGCGUUUUUUCCGUCAUUGCGGAGACUCGAUUGUUUGCGCUUUUCCUUGACGAUCUUCACGAAGCCGAUGAAUCGACCCUGGAUCUUCUCUCGACCUUGUUAAACUCGAGAAGCCGGAUGCUUAUUUUUGCCACACUGCGCUCUGACAAGACGGAAGUUGUUGAUCGAGUCCGGUCCAUGUUCACAAGCAGGUCGCGCCCAACAUGGAUAACAAUGGAACCGCUAUCUUAUUCCGCGAUUUCCUCCCUCAUCUCUAAAACUCUGCAUAGGACGAAAGAAGAUUGUUCUCCAUUAUCUCGUUUCAUUUAUGCGUCUUCUUCUGGCAAUGCAUUUUCAGCGCGAAGUAUCUUAACGACUCUUCAACGACAACAUCAUAUUACAUUUGACUGGGACCGUAAUCAUUGGGUAUAUAAUAUGGCGGAAAUUGAAGGCAGUCUGGCCAAUCAAAUGGUGUCUGAUCCAACUGAUCUGUCCUUUUUGAUCUCCCGCAUGAGAGAAUUACCAGAGGAGGCGAGGAAAUACCUCACGUGGGCCGCCUUCUUCGGCGAGACAUUUAAGGUCACUGAAGUAGCCUUGAUGAUGGACUGGGAAGACUCAAGUGGUAGCAGCAGCGAAGAAGAAGUGGAGGACAUGUGGAACCUCCACAAAGCUGUCUCUAAUUUUCGCGAUCAAGGCUCCACAAACACUCGUGGAUCAAUGCGCGGGCUUCAACUUGCCUUGUCGGAGGGGUGGCUUAUCCAACGUGCAAGGGACAUGUGUAGCUUUUCUCAUGAUAGAUAUAGGCAAGCUGCUCAGGCUGAAGCUGAUGCGUUGCCAGAGAGUUCAAUUGCAAAGAUGUCUUUCAGGAUUAUUCUAAUGAUGUUGCACGAGAUACCAAUAGACAUUUAUCGCGUUGCUGAACACGCUGAACGGUGUCUUCCACUCUUGCAUGAGCAUCCAAAACGAGAGGAACUCUUGGAUGUGCUCGUUGAUGCAGGCGACUCGGCUUGGGCCAGAGGUGCUCAUGAGCUUGCCAUCCGAUCUUUUAUCAGUGCAAGGACGCUUCUACGAGCGGACCCAUGGUCGGAUAACCCGUUCCGAACAAUAAGUCUGUUGAAGAAACUUGCUGCCUUGUUUACGUGGAAAGGGAAGCUGGAACAAUCUGAUGAAAUAAUUCGCGAAUGCUUUGAGCACGCAAUACAGCCAGAGGACAAAGGCGAUAUCCUUCGUCUACGCUCUCGUAACCAUUGGUUGCGCAAUAACCACGCGCAAGCUUUCGAUGAUACGCUCUUGGCUCUCCAAGUUUUAGGCAUUGAUAUCAAUCGCUCACCUACUAGAAGGCAGGCAGACUUUAUGUUCGAGCAAGUAAAAAAUGAAAUCAUGGCCGUGGGCUUUGAUGAAAUUCUCUUGAUUCCACGGACAACGGAUAAGAAGACCGAACUUGCAGUGACGUUGUUGAAUGAUGCUGGCACAAAUGCCUACUGGAGUCCUUCGCCGUCCUGUUUUGUAGACGUUGUUGGGUUGACUACUAUCCAAUUGGCGUUACGAUCUGGGAUGUCUGCUGGCACAGCGCUUGGUUUUUUCUGGGCUUUGGGAGUCGCCGCAGAAAGGCGGGAGAUGUACCGAUUCUCUGUGGACCUCGGAAAACUGGCUCUACGCAUUGCUGACCGUCAUGGAAGCUCGGGAGAAAAGUGUCGUGCCCAAGUUCUCUUCUGUGGAUUGGUGUCCGGGUUUGACAGUGCGCAUAUCCGAGGAGUUCUUCCCCGAUUGGAGGAGGCUGUCAAACAUGGCAAUGGUGCUGGCGAUCGUAUUUACACAAGUUUUGCCAGUAUUCAUAUCAUUGCGACCAAAUUGUACCUGUGCGAACAUCUCAACGAACUUGUGAUUGCUGCACAAGAGUGUGUAAAUGACGUUAGGUUAACGUUGCCUAUGGGUGAACCUAUGAUUCUUGCUAUGGGUCUUCUCAAUUGCUUACGUGCGUUGGGAGGGUUUACGAAACCACGAUCUGCACAAACUAUUUUUGAUACCGAUUCUUUCGUGGAGAGCGAAUUCCUCCAAGAGCUACAUAAGACAUCAGGAAAUGUUCCAUUGGCCCUUAAUUGUUACUUUUCGCUAGGAUUUGUCGAGGAAGCUGCUUCCCUUGGGUUCAGCAUCUACAACACAAGGAAUGGACACCCUAAUCACAGACAUGUUCGCUACGCACUCUUCUUCCAUAGUCUAGCAAUGAUUGCAUGCAUAAGAAAAGGAGGACUUCCGGAUACUCAGUCGUCUGCAUACCUGGCACAAGUCAAUGUUAAUCAAGCAUAUAUCAGAAAAUGGUUAUCAUCAAGUCCAGUCAAUUGUGCUGCGUGGGUUGCCCUCGUGGAGGCCGAGUUGGCAGCAUUGCUGGGGCGGGCCGAAGCAUUCAAACGUUAUGACGUGGCUGUAACGCUUGCUGUUGACGAUGAUUGGCUUCUAGAGGAAGGUUGGGCAUUGUAUCUUCAAGGCUCGCACUUCAUUCGUUGUGGUGUGGAAGGUCUUGGAAGCGAACUCCAGCGACAGGGAAUUGCGCGUCAAUCACAAUGGGGCGCCCAAGGGAUAGUAAAUUAUCUUACAACAGAUGCUGGUCUGAAAUCUCAACACCCCUUGAAGAGGCCUCUCUUCUCUUCUGAUGUUGGCGUCCAGACGGAAGUCAUCGCUGGCGAGGCGGGUUCGCCAAGACACACGUACAAUAUGGAUGUCCAAGACGACCAAGAAUCUACUCUCAGUGCUGCUGACCUUGCAUCAAUUUUAAAAUGGAGCAAGGACAUAUCAAGUGAUAUAAAUUUAUCUUCAGGUUUAUUCUUAUAUCCUUCUGUUGUUGCGCGUCUAACGGGUGGACUCGGCAUAGCCUUGCAGAGACUAACUGAGAUCGCUGCUGAAACGUCUGGCUCUCAAAAGACCUGCGUUGUCAUCGCCCGCGAAGCUGGGGACUACACCGUCGCAACAAGCAUGAUUCCUCCAGAGCCAUGUCAAGUUCAUGAGAAUCCAAAACCUAUCCGAGCAAUUGGUGAUCCACUCCAAAAAGCUAUCAUACAACAUACACUGAACUCGAAGGAGCGUAUAUACUACGCAGACGCAGCACUCGACUCGCGUUUUUCGUCUGAAGCUGGUCAAACCGCCCAUCGCUCCGUCAUAUGCCUCCCGAUUUUCAGCAAUCGUGGACAAACAUUUGGCGCUGUUUAUUUCGCCUCGAAAUAUCCUUUCUCACAAAACACAGUGACGAUACUUACGUUAUUAUGCCAACAAGCUAGUAUCAGCAUUGCAAAUGCUCUGUUAUUUCGUUCAGUGCAAGCGGGGACAAGGGAGAAUUUGAAAAUGAUCGCCGCUCAACGGGAAGCUCUAGAAGCUGCUCGUAAAAGCCGCGAAGAUGCUUUGAAGGCUACAAAAAUCAAAAGUAAUUUUUUGGCAUCCAUGAGCCACGAACUCAGAACCCCGUUCAGCUCGUUUUAUGGUUUGCUUGACCUCCUGAGCGGUACGGAACUGAAUCCCGGACAAAGCGAGAUCGUACAAACUGCGAAGCAGUCGUGCGAAUUAUUGUUGAAGAUUAUCGACUCUAUCUUGGACUACAGCAAAUUAGAGGCAUCAGGUGGGCCAUGCCUAGCCAAGCGGCUUUUCAGUCGAGAAUAUUAUAGCUGUUCGUUGGGUAUCGCUCCUUUCGUUUUCCGUGCUCACCAUAUAAUCCAGGACUGUAUGGAGCUGUUGCUCCCGAUGGCGGCGAAGAAACUGGACCUUUCCUUCAAUAUCGAACCCAACGUUCCACCAUGGGUAUUCGCCGACUACGCACGAAUCCGUCAAGUUCGUUGCGCUGAUAUGUUUAUCACGGAAGUUCUUAUGAACUUGAUUGGAAAUGCUGUCAAGUUCACUGCCAGUGGCUUUGUUCGCGUCAUCUGUUCCAUUGGGCAUGGACCUAACUCUACAGACGCCGGCGUCCAUCUUAAAUUUGAUAUUCAGGAUACGGGCAUAGGCCUUUCCGCGAGUGACGUUGAUCUCUUGUUUGUUCCAUUCCAGCAGGCAGACAAUUCAUCCACUCGUCGGUUUGGUGGUACCGGAUUGGGCUUAUCAAUUUCGCGGCAGCUUGUCAAACUGAUGGGUGGUGCCAUCGGUGUCCACUCUGAGCUCAACGUCGGGUCCAUGUUUUGGUUUACGAUUCCCGUUAGCAUAUACGAUUCUGAAGAAUCUCGAAAGGUGUGUACCCAAACCACUGCCGACAAUGAUAGAGAAACCGAGAUUAGCUUGAAAAAGUCAGCUCAGGAUAUCCAGAAACUCAAAUCAGCCUUAGCUCCCCUCCAGAUUCUUGUCUCUUCGGCCUCUGAAGCAACACUCGCCCUUCUGAAUACUAUGCUUGAGGGGUUCAACGUUGAUCUCGUUUCGUCCGUCGAAGACGCGAAAGCAUACUUGAACACUUACCCCGCGUCCAAAAGAGCUCUUGACUUCAUUAUUCUUGACGAACAAUCAGAAACUCACAUGGAAGAUUUGGUUCGGUACCUUCAGUCAUUUCGUAGUGGCCCCACCCAGGGAACCAAAGUGCUUCACAUAUAUACUCCGACCACAAGCCGUCCGGGUUACCCCGUCUUUGGAAAUAGCGGCACAUCCGGUGUAGUCAAGUUGACCAAACCUCCACGAAAAGUCCGGCUCCUGCAAACUCUCGCUUCCUUGAAAGACCUACCGAUCUCCUUCACUCAGCCAACGUCCAUCAGUCAGGCAACGGAAGAUUUAGCAGCCGUUCAACAAUCGCUUUUCGGAAACGUCCUUAUCGCUGAAGACAACCCUAUAGCGCAAAGCCUAUUGGUAAAGCAGCUCGAGCGCUAUAACCUCAAUGUAACUGCUACGAAUAAUGGCGAGGAAGCAAUUGCAGCAUGGGAGGCUCACAACCCAGGCUACUUUAGCGUGGCCCUGUUUGACCAUCAUAUGCCAAUAUGCGAUGGUGUCGAGGCCGCGAAACGGCUCCGUUCACUGGAAGCCAAGUGCAAAACUCCUUACACACUUCCCAUUGUAGCACUCAGUGCGGAUUGCCAAGACUCGACCAAGAAACUUUGUUUGAGUGCUGGUAUGAAUAGCUUUUUCAGCAAACCAUUGAGAAAAGGUGAGGAAAGGGACUCGUUAUCCUCCGCUGGUCGCCUUUGA